GAAGAAGAAGAAGCAGAAGAAGGCUGUGGGGCUGGCCGUUUCAAUGCUGACCACGCGGGGGCGCCAUUGAGCACGCGGCGUCUCCUCCAGACGAGCAGCAGCAGUCGGUGACUGAGCUGCCCGGAGAUGGCGUCCCUUCUUCAGCCGGAUCGAGUGGUCUAUCUGGUCCGCGGAGAGAAACGGAUCCGAACCCCGCUGUCUCAGCUCUACUUCUGCCGCUACUGCAGCGAGCUGCGGUCUCUGGAGUGCGUGUCUCACGAGGUGGACUCCCACUACUGUCCGAGCUGUCUGGAGAACAUGCCGUCUGCAGAGGCCAAGCUCAAGAAGAACAGGUGCGCCAAUUGCUUCGACUGCCCGUGCUGCAUGCACACCCUGUCCACCCGAGCCACCAACAUCCCGGCUCCUCUGCCCGACGAUCCCACCAAGACGGCCAUGAAGAAGGCCUACUACCUGGCCUGUGGCUUCUGUCGCUGGACCUCCAGAGACGUGGGGAUGGCGGACAAAUCAGUCGCCAGCGGUGGAUGGCAGGAGCCAGAGAACCCUCACACUCAGCGGAUCAACAAGCUGAUCGAGUUCUACCAGCAGCUCGCCCACCGGGAGAAGCAGGACCGCGACCGGAAGAAGCUGGCCAGGCGGCGGCAGUGCAUGCCUCUGGCCUUUUCGCAACACACUAUUCAUGUGGUGGAGAAAUACGGCCUGGGAACCCGGCUGCAGAGGCAGAGGGCCGGAGCGCCCGUCUCCAGCCUGUCCGGCCUCUCCCUCAAGGAGGCGGAGGACCAGAAGGAGAUCUCCAUCGACCCGGCCCAGGCCCUGGAGGAGGUGGAGCCUCUGCCUGAAGACUGCUACACCCGAGCCAUCAGCCUCCCGGAGGUGACCACGCUGCGCCAGCGCCUCCUGCAGCCGGACUUCCAGCCCUCCGGGGCGUCUCAGCUGCACCCCCGACACAAGCACCUGCUGAUGAAGCGCUCGCUGCGCUGCCGGAAAUGUGAGCACAACCUGAGCAAACCGGAGUUCAACCCGACUUCAAUCAAGUUUAAGAUACAGCUGGUGGCUGUGAGCUACAUCCCUGAAGUGAGAAUUAUGUCCAUUCCAAAUCUCCGGAACAUGAAGGAGAGCCAGGUGCUGCUGACGCUCACCAACCCGGUGGAGAACAUCACCCGCGUCACGCUGUCGGCCUGCGAGGACGACGACCCCGACGACCUCAACAGCACGGCCAAGAUCUUUGUCCCGAGUAAAGAACUCGUGUUGGCAGGAAAAGACGCGGCAGCAGAAUACGACGAGCUGGCCGAGCCCCAAGACUUCCAGGACGACCCGGAUGUCGUGGCCUUCAGGAAGUCCAAUAAGAUCGGGUUCUUCAUCAAGGUGACGCCGCAGCGGGAGGACGACGCCGACGUCACCGUGUCCUUCAAGAUCCGCCACGACUUCCGGAACCUGGCGGCGCCGGCCCGGCCCAACGAGGAGGCGGGCGACGGCGGCGCCGCCGCCGAGGCCGUGUGGCUCACGCACCACGUGGAGCUGAGGCUCGGCCCGCUCGCCCCCUGAACUCUGAUGAUGUCAUCACACGGAAAAGUCUUGUUUUGGUCUUAUUCCAUGUGUCCGCUGUGGAUUUCUUUCUUUAAAUAUGUUAUUCUUGUAAUAAAUAGCCGUUUAAGUUGUGAUACGCUAACAUCGGAGGGAGAGAAUAAAUGAGCAGGAUCAGAAGUCCUCCCCUCAGCUUCUGCUCGUCAACAGACUAACUUCUAGUAACGCGCAUGCUUCACCGUUGGCUUCAAGGUCGAGCCGUGACCUUCACGAGGACGUCUUUACAACGUGGUGAUUAUUUAAAUGUUUUCUGGUUCUUGACAUGUAUCCCGGUGUGUUGACCUCUGACCUCUCGACCUACGAGCUGCCGUCACGUAGUGAAGCCGCCGCACGCCUAAUAAAACAUGUGGGGCCGGAA